AUGACCUACGGAGCGCUGUUCCGCUUGCCGGCAGUCUCCCUUCGACCCAGCUUACAACACCUCGCAGCAUCGUCUUCUUGUCGAUCUAGGCUACGAUACGCUAGUACAACAUCGCAGGCUGCGGAAAAGAUAGACAGCAGAAAGGCCUUUUCCCACACUCUACUCCUUCCCAAAACAAACUUUCCGCUCAAACAUAAAGAUGUGGUGGAAGCAGAGAAGAAGUAUCGGUUGAAAACUUCAGAUCUACUUUAUAAAGAGCAGAUAAAUAGGAAGGACAAUCCACUCUUUGUCUUGCAUGAUGGUCCACCGUACGCCAAUGGGAAUCUGCAUAUGGGUCAUGCAUUGAAUAAAGUGUUGAAAGAUAUCAUAAAUCGUUACAAUCUGAUAAGGGGGAAGCGUGUCCAUUAUGUGCCCGGAUGGGAUUGUCAUGGUCUACCUAUUGAGCACAAAGCGUUAGCAGCGAUUGGAAAAUCGCACACUGCUUUGAACCCCACGCAAGUCCGUUCCGAAGCUCGAAAGGUAGCUUUGGAUGCGAUAGACGUGCAGAAGAGCGAGAUGAAGGCGUUGGGUGUGAUGGCGGACUGGGACGGAGAAAAUGGGACUUAUAGAACACUAGCUGAAACUGUUCAAGACUAUGGUCGAAAGAGACUACGACCCACCUAUUACUCCCCUUCUUCACGAACUGCGCUAGCAGAAGCUGAGCUCAGCUACAAAGAUGGGCAUAAGUCACGAUCGGUAUAUGUCGGAUUUCCUGUAGCAGAGGAGGACAUGUCCGAGGGCCUUGCCGAGGUGUAUAGGAGGGAAUGUGGCGGGAAGGGUAAAUUGGAACUUGCUAUAUGGACAACAACGCCCUGGACUUUACCGGCCAAUAUGUCGAGCACAGACAGGAUACUGGUCAUUGGGGUUGAUAGAUUAGAGCCAAUGGAAGAGAUUCUAGGUCGAUUAGAUAUCAUUGGUUGCCUGCCUGGUAAGUUCAGUAAUGUCGACAUGAAGCUGAUCUUGAUAGGAUCCAAACUCGUUGGCACUCGAUACACCCAUCUUUUCCAUCCUCCUUCUCUAUCUCAGCCGAAACCUUUAAUCUUCGCAGCUGGACAUGUCACAUCGCAAGCUGGUACAGGCUUGGUCCACUCGGCGCCUGCUCACGGUCACGAAGACUACGAAGCCUUCAUCGCAGUGGGGAUGUUGCCGGAAGAGUUACGUUGCCCCGUUGACGAUGAUGGUCGUUUUACCAGUGAUCUUGAAAGUUGGGUGGAAGGGGUUAUUGCUUCCUCUUUGGUAGGAAAAGAGGUCUUAGGAAAGGGAUCGGAUGCCAUGGUGGAUUUGUUGAGCCGAAGCGAUGUGCUUCUUGCUGAGCAGAAAAUUGAACAUCGUUAUCCUUACGAUUGGAAAUCCAAGAAACCCAUCAUAGUACGAGCGACUCCUCAAUGGUUCGCUGAUGUGGAGGGUGUCAAAAGUUCUGCCGUUGAAGCGAUGGACAGGGUACAUUUCCACCCUGCUAUAUCUCGUAAACGAUUAGAAGCCUUCAUCACAUCAAGAUCCGAAUGGUGUAUAUCCAGGCAGCGGAGCUGGGGUGUACCCAUUCCGGCGCUUUUUGGACCAGAUGGACCUAUCAUGGAUAGCACAACGCUUGACCAUAUCAUAGGAGUACUAGACAAGAAAGGUGUGGAUCAUUGGUGGGAAGGGAAAGAUGAGGACUUUGUACCACCACAUCUACAAGGUCAGAAUAUCACUAGAAGUUUUGACACAUUAGAUGUUUGGUUUGAUAGUGGUUCAUCAUGGACACUUUUGGAAGGAUUAUCCCGCCAACCUCUGGCUGAUGUCUAUCUGGAAGGAUCGGAUCAGCAUAGAGGAUGGUUCCAGUCGUCAAUGCUGACUAAACUCAUAUCAUCAACCGAGAAGAUCCCACCGUAUGGAACGGUGAUCACACAUGGAUUUGUGAUGGAUGAACAGGGGGACAAAAUGAGUAAAUCGGCUGGCAACGGUCUGUCGCCUAUGGAGAUCAUACACGGAAAGAAGAUCGAUCGUUAUAUUCUUCACGAGAUGAGUCACCUUGAAAGCGUAGCACAAGAAGCAUACGACUCUCAUAUAUUCAAUAGAGUCUUACAUUCGGCUACCACAUUCGCAACCUCCACUCUAUCUGCAUUCUAUUUUGACAUCAUCAAAGAUACCAUGUACUGCGACGAUCUAGAAAGCCCAACCAGAAAGGCGAUCGUUCUGGGUCGCAUGACGAGUCUGCUAGCUCCCAUAACACCGCAUUUAGCGGAGGAAAUCUAUGAGAAUAUCGGCGGUAAAGAAGCUUCAGUGUUCCUUGAGCCCUGGAUUCCAGAUCUCUCUUGGUUGAACCCGACGGUAAAAUCUAAGAUGAGUCAGAUCAUAUCACUUCGCGCAGAAGUGCAGAAGCUGGUUGAGAACGCUCGAGCCGAAAAGCGUAUCAAGGUUGGGAAUCAGACGGAAGUCUAUCUGAGUAAGAUUUUGGGUACCGGGAACAUUGGCACUCUUUCGGCAAUGCUUGGUGUAUCUUCCGUCGGGGACUUGUCAUCUGCCGAUAAACGCGCCAUGGCAUGGACGUAUGAGUCAUCGUUGGAGGUAGAGAACGAGACAAUCUCGCUACUUCUUGGUCCCGCUACACGGUCUCAAUGUCCUCGCUGCUGGCUUUACAACGCGGAAAAAGAGAAUUCGUUAUGUUCCAGGUGCGAAGAGGUUAUCAACGUCACGUGA